CAUUCAAAUUUUGCUGACCAAUAAAUAAAGUAUCUGUUAUAACUGGAAAGUAAUGAAUUAAAUUAUCAUUCAAACUAUUUAACAAACAAAAAUAGAUUUGUUAUUUUCACUUUAAAAUUUAUAAUGGCACUCACAAUAAGUCAACAAACCUACGAUGAUGCAGUAAGAGAACUUAUGGAAGAAUUAGAAAUAUCUUGUGAAGAAGCAAUUGAAGAAGCGAAUAAACAGUUUAAAGCUCAGGGAGUAGAUUUGAGUAGAAUUGUGAAGAAUUUAGAACAGAAACCAGGAUCAAGUCUGACCCACUUAAUUGAAGUAACUGUUAACCAAUUGCAAGAGAUUGCAAAAGACGAAAAUAAAAGACAAUUACAUGAAUAUACUGAACGUUUAUCUGUAGUUAGACGUGAAUGUGAUAAGGGUUUGGAAUACCGAGUAUUAGCAGGAAAAGGGAAUGCAUAUUCUUCCAUUUUAAGUAUAUUGUUAAAAGAUUUAAACGAUGAAGAGUUGUUGAAGGAAUGCCUUAAAACAUUAAUAUCAUUAAUGACUAAACAACCUGAUUUGUUAGAUACAAAAGGAAUAGAAGUAAUAGGUAAUAUACUGGAGAAUCAAAAAGACCCAGAAAUUCAAAGAUUAACACUAAAGUGGGUUAAAGAAUGCUGUAUAAUGCAUGAAAUGAAUAGACAAGCAAUAUUUGAUGCAGAUAUUUUGGGGCAUUUGAAGCCAUUGCUUAAUAAUGCUGAUUCAUUCCUAUUAAGAGAUGUCCUGGGUGUCUUAAGAGCACUUGUUUUAGAUGAUGAUGUAAGAGUCGAGUUUGGAAAAGCUCAUGAUCAUGCAAAAAUCAUAGCUGGAGACACUUUGCGUUCCAUCACAUCACUUUUAUCAAAUUUCAAGGGAGAUGAGCGUUUAAUGAAUGACAUAAUGUUGACCAUAGCGGCCCUUUUAGUUCGUCAAGAGUUUUGCCAAGAAGUAGAAGAAGCUGGAGGAAUUGAUAUUAUUAAAGAGGUUUUAACACUAUAUCAUGAUAAUGAGAAACUAGUUCGUCAGUCUUUUAAGUUGAUAAAAGCAUUAUGUGGAAGUGAUACAUGCAAAAUAAAUUUUAUUGAAAAGGGAGCUGCUCCCUUAAUUAUAAGCGCAUUAGAUGAAAAUAAGAGCUCUCCUCAAUCAGUAACUGCUGGCUUUGGAGCAAUAGCUGCUCUUACUCUAAGAGCAGCAAAUAACAGUAAUGCUUUAUUUAACGCUGGUGCGCCUGAUGUAAUUGUGGAUUGUAUGACUUUACAUAAAGACGAUAUUAAUGUACAGAAAAAUGGCAGUUGGGCUAUAAGGAAUAUGGUUUCUCGUAGUCGUAACCAGAUAAAAAAGUUCUUGACAUUGGGUACAGAUAAAAUUUUAGAAAAUAAUUUGAAGAAUUUUCCUACUAUUGAAUUCGAUACUAAAUCAGCCCUUCGUGAUUUAGGCUGUAAAGUUGAAUUAAAAGAGGAAUGGACUGGAAAAGGGGGCCUUUUAACUUCCCAAGCUGAUGAAUCUUAAAAGUAUUAAUUACACGGACAGUGUUUGCUUUUUUGUAACUUAUUAAAUUAAUAAUUUUUAUAGCGCUUCUAUUAAAACCUACUUACUAAUUUUUAUAAUUUUUAUAAACAUUAAUAAAUACCUCUAAAAACA